UGGUUCCCACCGUAUUUAUUACCCCACGCUGAGCAGCCGCCUGUUUCCGCGCCAUGCCGGACUUACCGGUUGCUCUGACAGAUACACAGAUGGGGAUGCCAAUGACCGCAGGUGGGAUCCCCUUCAUGUGCUACAAAGUCCAAAGGAUCGCACGACUGGCGCAACCAGCCCCAGAGGGUGGUCAACCUUUGCUCCUCAGUCUGCCUCCUGGCCCUCCUGCUGGUGGACUAAGCCUCAAUGAUACACCAGAGACAGGUGCCUCCCCUGCAACGUAUGGAGUUUGGCCCAGUUGCUCUCCGGCCGUGGCCCAGCUCCUCCUGGAUAUCUAUGGCCAUGCAACCAAGCAGCCUGCCUUCACAGGCAGGGGUCGUCAGGGACACAACUUCUUGUGAUGGAACAUAUGUCAUCUGCUGCUGCUGAGAGGGAGGCUGUGGAAAGAAAGCGGCUCAUCCUUGGGUGAAUUACGCCCUGGGGAUGUGAAUAGAGUCAGGACUGUUGCGGAAACAAAAAGUGCAAAUGGGAAGUCGAGGCAUGUUGAGGACUUCAAGAUUUGCCAAGACUCUCCUAGAAUUGAGCCCUUGUAACAGGCAGCUUUAUUUGGUGGUCAGAUCUAUUGCGAGCAUUUUCUGGCGCUUCCAGGGGCUUUGCAGCAGUGCUUGAAUAGAGUAAGUCCCUACUGUACAUAUUUGAGUGAACUGAGGUGUUG